AUGCCGAAACGCAGUGCUCAAGAAAAAAUCGAUCAUUACCAAGAGAAAAUUAGACGAUUGCAGUCAAAGAACAAACAACGGAAGAGAGUGUGUUCAUCUGACAAGGAACAGGAGACCCAAGAUUGUCAUCAAGACCAGACAACAGAAGAAAUAUACACAGAUGUGAACAAUAUUCACGCCGAUUUGGUCACGAAUGGACCCGAAGCUGUCCCAGACUCAGACCCACAAGCGCCGGUGGACGACGUCGACCCUCCGGUACCGACAGACCCGGAUCUAGAUCCGGAGCUACUACUGGCGUUAGGCGAAACCUCGUCAGAUUCGCCGGAUUAUGGCCCAAAAAUUUUAGAUAGUCAAGCAAAAUUAUGGCUGCCAAUUUUAAAAAGGGGUUUAUCUAAGGAACCCAAAGAAAUUCUAUUAAAGCAGUACAUUAUUCCUGAUAACUGUCGAUUAUUGCAGGCGCCAAAGAUAAAUGCGGAAAUAUCGGCCGCCAUUCCCGAUAUGGUGCGGAACAGAGACAAGAGUACUUUGUACGUGCAACAACAACAGCUCGGCGCGGGCAUCACAGCUACCAACCGAGCCAUGGACCUCCUCCUCCUAGGGGAAAACAAGAUCGAGGCUCUGAGACAACUCAGCAACGGAUGCCGUUUGUUGACCGACCUCCACUACCAAUUUACCCAGAGUCGCAUUAAGCUCAUAAUACCCAGCCUCGAUAAGACGUGUCUUAAUGUAAUAAGUGACGCCGAAAGAGAUGAGACUUUGUUCGGAGAAAAACUCUCGGAAAGGAUAAAGGCCGCAAAGGCCAUCGAGAAGCAGGGCCUUCAAAUCAAGAGAGUGGCCCCACAAAAACCGACAGCGGGUACAUCCCAACAGGCGGGUACCCAUCGGGCUUUCCACCAGGGAAACUGGCGAGCCCCUCCUCGUUACCCGUCGAACAGGGGGGGGCGGGGAGGGAACCGUCGGCCGGCACCGUCAGCGCCAGCGCCACGCCGGUACAUUCAUCCUUCUUCGAACUCGAAGAAGAUUCAGGCGAACAAGCCCCGUGCAACACAGCAGCAGUAA